AUGUCCACCUUUAUUCUUCCCGCCAGCGGCGGGCUCUCCAAAAAAGACAAUGUCUGGACUCUCGCCGUAGCUCUCGGAAUCUUAUACUCGACAUACUCGGUGCUGGCACGGUUCUACAGUGUCUACUUUGGCCCUCUGUCACACAUUCCCGGCCCCAAACUGCGAGCUUUCACCAGGAUUCCCGAUGUCAUUGCAAUCAUUCGAGGUACCAAGGACCGUGAGUUGGUCAAACUCCACGGCAAAUAUGGCGUCGCCGUCCGCAUUCGCCCCCGAGAGGUGUCUUAUGCUGCUACACCGGAGGUGUGGAAGGAACUCAAUGGAUUCAAGAGCGUAACCCUCAAAGAUCCUUCCCACUACUUUGAUCAAAACGUCAAUCACACGCGCAGUGUAUUUGACGCUCUCGACAGAACCGAGCACUCUCGGCAACGCAAAGUCUUGUCUCAUUCUUUCGCCGAUAAGACUCUUCGUGAAAUUGAGCCGCUUCUCCAGGGAUGGGCGCGCAAAUUUGGAGAAAGACUGGUGAAGUCGGCUUCAGCGCCCGUGGAUAUGGCGACCCUGUACCACUGCUUAACCUUUGAUGUCAUGGCAGAUAUCUGCUUCGCCGAGGACCUCGGAAUGUUGGCCUCGGGCAAACUCAACGAAUGGGUCCACUUGAUCUUUGCCAAUGUUGCGACGGGGGCCGUCAUCAAUUGCAUCAAAAACUUGCAUCCCAUCUUGGAGUAUAUCGUCACAUACAUCUACCAACAUGGCCCGGUGAAAGCCAAGAGAAUCGUCCACUGGAAUUUUACCAAGGAUCGAAUGGAUCGUCGGACGGAACUGGAUAAUCCCAGUCGACAGGAUCUGUGGAGUGCAAUCAUCAAGAGCUCCGGUCGCCCUGGUGGCUUGACGUUGGACGAACAGCACUCCAACGCUUCGGUCUUUAUGAUUGCUGGUACCGAGACUACAUCAUCCGCGCUCGCUGGAACCACCUACCUCCUCCUCAAGAACCCCAAAUAUCUCAAAAUUCUCACGCAAGAAAUCCGCGAGAAUUUCAACAGUCUCCACGACCUGCGACUCGAUGCUCUUGCACGUCUCAAAAAUUUGAAUGCCAUCCUGCAAGAAUCCCUCCGCAUCUACCCGCCUGCUCCCGGCCAGCUGCCCCGAAUUACCCCCAAAGAAGGCUGUAACCUCCUCGAUACCUUUGUCCCCGGCAACACGGUCGUCGCCAUUCAUCAAUUGGCGGGAUAUCAAUUGCCGCAGAAUUUCAAGGACCCUAUGGCGUUCCGACCGGAGAGAUGGUUGGGUGAUCCUGAGUUUAAGGAUGAUCGACUUGGUGCUGCGGAACCGUUUGGUACCGGGCCGAGAAACUGUAUCGGAAAGAAUCUGGCGUGGCAUGAGAUGAGAUUGGUCCUCUCGUCGGUCUUGCUGCAGUUUGAUUUGGAGCUGUGCCCGGAGUCGGAUGGAUGGUUUGACACACAGAAAAUCUACCUGCUUUGGGGAAAGCCGCCGUUGAUGUGCAAACUCACUCGCGUCAACCCUAGCGCAUAG